AUGGAGGCGAAGGCCAAAUGCCAACAGGUCGAGCCUCUAUUCCCAUCGAAGAGCACAAAGGGAUUGAAUGACACCGAAAGCUAUCUCCAGUCUGAGGACUUCCGCAAGCUCGCUAUCGAGCGUCUUUCCGGAGCCGUGCAGAUCCCCACCCAAAGCUAUGACGAUAUGGGCGAAGUCGGCGUAGAUCCGCGAUGGGAGAUCUUCGAUUCUUUCGCAAACUACCUGGCAAAGGCCUAUCCUUUGGUCCACGGAUCUCUUCAGCUUGAGAAGGUCAACACUCAUGGCCUGUUGUACACAUGGCCAGGCACGGACCCCUUACUGAAAGCCACCCUACUCAUGGCGCACCAGGACGUCGUACCGGUUCCAGACAGCACGGCCAAGCAGUGGAGCCAUCCACCGUUUUCUGGUUAUUAUGACGGCAAAUUUGUUUGGGGUCGUGGUGCGAGUGACUGCAAGAAUCAGCUCCUGGCUAUUCUCAAUGCUGUGGAAGCGCUGCUUUCCGCCGACUUUCAGCCUCGUCGUACCCUCAUUCUGUCUUUUGGUUUCGAUGAGGAGAUUUCGGGUCGUGAAGGUGCGCAGCAUCUUGCUAAACACCUCGUUGAGGAGUACGGCCACAACUCAAUCGCUGCUAUUGUCGAUGAGGGCGCCGUCAACGUUGAGGGCUGGGGCGCUAAUUUCGCUAUUCCCGGCGUUGCCGAGAAGGGUUACGUCGAUAUCGACAUUGUUGUGCGCAUGCCAGGUGGUCACUCCUCUGUCCCUCCCGCGCACAGUGGCAUUGGCGUUGCUUCUGAGCUGAUUACAUUAAUCGAAGGCAGUCUCUACAAGCCACGUCUUCAUGACGAGAAUCCAUAUCUCGGUCUUCUGACCUGUGGUGCCAAACACGCACCUGAGUUCCCCAAACGGCUACAUCACUUACUCGACAAGCGCUCCAGGAAGAGUCAGACCUGCAAGAAGCGAGAAGACGAUCUUGCAGUCGAAGCAGCAAAGGCUGGUCUUGGCGUCAAAUACCUCUUCACGACUUCCGUUGCUGUCGACAUCAUCCAUGGAGGUGUCAAGAACAACGCUCUUCCUGAGCGCACACAGAUCACCGUGAAUCACCGUAUCAAUAUUGGCUCAAGCUCGAAGGACAUCAAGGAUCACAUUUCCAAGCUUGCUGGUGCCAUCGCGAAGAAGUAUAACCUGAAGCUCAACGCUUUUAGCGGCACUGAGGAGCCUUCUAGCAUUACGCUCUCCCACAGCGCUACCGUCUUAGAGCCUGCGCCGGUCACGCCCACACUUUUACACUCAAGCUCUUCGAACAUCAGCGCUGUCACACCCUUCUAUAUUCUCUCUGGUACCACUCGUGCACUUUACGGCAAGGAUCUCAUUGUUGCACCAGGAAUCAUGACAGGAAACACUGAUACUCGCUAUUACUGGGACUUGAGCGAGUACAUCUUCAGGUAUGGUCCAGGUUGGGACAAAGAUCAGGUCGGCAUGGGCAACAUUCACACUGUUGACGAGAGGGUUGGUGUGCAGGCCCACCUUGAUACUGUGCAGUGGAUGUGGAGCUGGAUUAGGAACAUGGACGAGGCGGAACUGUAG